UGUGUGUAGAGAGAGAGAGAGAAAGAGAGAGAGACUGAGAGAGAGAGAGAAAGAGAGAGAGACUGAGAGAGAGAGAGGAAGAGAGAGAGAGCGCAUUCACGGUUGGCGCAGGCACCGGUCCUUGAGAACAGAGCGUUGUGCACGGCGGCAGCAUGGCUUCGUCUCACGGGAGAAGCGACAUGCGGUUUGCAGACUGGAUGGCAAGUUUACCUCAGAGCAUGCACAGUACUCCGCUCACCAACCUGGCUAUCCCCGGUUCCCAUGAUUCCUUCAGUUUUUACAUCGACGAGGCGUCUCCAGUUGGCCCCGAGCAGCCGGAAACGGUACAGAACUUCGUGUCUGUUUUCGGGACGGUGGCUAAGAAACUAAUGAGGAAGUGGUUAGCUACGCAGACCAUGAACUUCACCAGCCAACUUGAGGCCGGGAUCCGCUUCUUCGACCUCCGCAUCUCCACCAAGCCUCGCGACCCCGAGAACGAGUUGUUCUUCGCCCACGGGCUCUUCAGUGCCACGGUCAGAGAAGGUCUUGAGCAGAUCAGCAGUUUCCUGUCAGCUCACGCAAGAGAAGUUGUGUUCCUGGACUUUAACCACUUCUACGGCGUGCAGAACCUGCACCAUGAAAAACUGGUGGCCAUGUUGAAAGAGGUGUUCGGAGACAAACUCUGCCCAGUCGUCUUCGCUCAGGAGGUGUCUCUGCAGUAUCUGUGGGAGAAGGAGUACCAGGUGCUUGUCUUCUACCACCACCCCAUGGCCCUUGAGGUGCCCUUCCUGUGGCCAGGGCAGAUGAUGCCCUCUCCCUGGGCCAACACCACCGACCCAGAGAAGCUGGUUCAGUUUCUCCAGGCGUCCGUCACUGACCGCAGGAGGAAGGGGACCUUCUUCGUCUCCCAGGUGGUUCUAACACCGAAGGCCAGCACUGUGAUGAAGGGCGUGGCUAGCGGACUGAGAGAGACAAUCACUGAAAGGGCCUUACCAGGCAUGAUGCAGUGGAUCAGAUCGCAGAGACCCGGGGAAAGUGGCAUCAACAUUAUCACAGCUGACUUUGUGGAGCUCGGGGAAUUCAUCAGCGCCGUCAUCACCCUUAACUAUCACAUGGACGAUGAUGAAGAUGACGCCACCUGAGAGCCCACAGGGGGCGUCAGGGAGCACAGUCACCACCAUUACUGCUAGAGGCUUUGGUCUGUGCUCUCACUCUUUUCUCUUUGGCAUUUAUUUCAGGAGGGGAGCCGCACUGCUCUUUUUACCUAAUUUAGGCCUAUAGUGAAUUGAGAGCUUCAAAAGGCAAAAAAACGUGUUUGGGUAAGAGAAGUUGGGAUUGGGAGAAACAACACUAGAAUUUGGUUGGAGCACGCAGAGAACGAGGUUUGGUUUUGUUUCCUAUGUUGGGGAUCAAAAUAGUUAAUUCAAGUGAGAUGUUCAUUUUCUUUAUUCCCUGUGCUGUAGACAUAACCGCUUUGUCCAUCGAUCAAAUGUACUGUUUUCAGGUAUCACUUCACCAAGGGUAGAUUUCUCACAGCUGCUAAAUGUAUUGGUACAUCCUUUUUUUUGUACUCUAGUGGCAGUUUUUGUCCGAGAUUAUUUUAAAAAUAAGUCAGUGUGUAACUUAAAGCGCUCAAAGUGUAGCUUGCCGUUCGUCGAAAUCUGUCCAAGAGAUGUGUUUUUUUUUUAAUUUCUUUAAGAUAUGCAUCCCUGGUCAGAUCACUGGGGGAUGCUUCGGAAAAACUCCUUGAGAAGAAUGUGUUUAAAAAGUGUUAUUGCAAUGUGUUCACCCAAUACAUGAGAAGAAGAUGAACCAUUUUGCUUUUGUUUCCUCAGCAAAGGGGCUUUCUCUCAGUAAUAAUGUCCUCUGAAGUCAGCUUGCAGACAUUGAUCAGACUUCUUUGUAAAUCAGCACUCAUUCAAAAGCAAUGAGAAAUAGAGGGCAAGAGGGCAGCUUGGCUACCAUUCAUGCCAUGUGUACUUUAAACUAAACUAAAGUUUUAACAAUGUCAGUGUGUUUCAAAUUUGACGACCAACAUCAUCUGUCGCAGCAUGGUACCUUACAAAAAAAGUUCUUUAAGACAGCUAGAAAUGCAAUCGAUGCUAGGGAUCAAAUGUGACACAUUUUGUGGUGGGUGCUUAGUCGUGAUAGCCAAGUAUAAAAAUACACCUGGGUACAAGAGUGUAUCCACCCAUCUGUGUGUGCGACUAUACUUACUGCUGUAGUGCAGUUUAUACAUGAGUCAUCAUGAGAUGUAUCACAGUGUUGUGUCUUUCAUAAUACAGGUGAUAAAGUUGCUUAACACUCAUUCGGAGACCCUUUGUAUUUCAAGUCAGAAAAGGCUAAACAUCAUGAUUUGAUGUCAGGAGGUCUUGAUGUAACAACAGUGCUUUGACACUUGGAAAAUAAUACAAUAAAUGUUUAGUUUAAUAUCUAGCUUUGGUGUCUAUCUUAGUAGGUGUCUUUCUAAAUGAUGCUAAAUAUCUGGAUUUCUGCUAUAUCAUUUAGUACAAUUUUAAUUUUUAGUUUAAUGAGUUUCCUUCUAUACCCUGCUGUAUUUCAUUAAAGAUGGAAAGACCCAGAAAGAUAAUAGGAAUAUUUUCAUUGCAAGGUUUUACGCACAAUGCAUGACAAUUGCAUACAAGUCAAAGAUCUACACACCUUAUGACCAGUGUGGCAUUUUCUACUGAGAAUGUAUUCCGUAAAGACAUUUUUGUCUCGUUUAGUAACGUACAACCAAAAACAGAAAACUCAGCUCUUUGGAUUUGUGAAUAUAUGUGUCUUGUGAGUAACUGUGCCAUUUCUAUAAA